UGCGCGAAGUGUUUGUGGGAAAGUCGCGUAUUUAUUUGCAUUUUUCACCUGAUAAAAUCAUUAAAAUUGCGCACAAAUGAAAAACAGAUGAUAAGGAAACGUUUCUGUGUGAUUGCCGGGCUACUUUUAGGGCUCUUCCUCUUGAUUUUCUCCCUCAACUUUUACUUCCUCUCGCGCCUUCAUGAACAAAUCCGAAAGGACACCAAACCCCGAAAGGUAGCCCCCAAAAGGUUGAAUUUUGAGGAGGAAAUACGACGAAAUGUGGUCAAUUUGGGUGAGGAUUACAACACGAGGAAUCCCAAGUUCCUGGCCAUCCGGAAGGAAUUGCUGAAGAACCUCCGACCGACGUCUUACGGAAAUAUUUCAAGUGUUUGGAACACGGCCAAAGAGUGGGUGGUUGACAAUGAAAUUUAUCCAGCUUAUGGGCAUGGUUUGGGCUCUGUUAUAAGAGCCCUACAGCAGGAAGGUAUUGUGAGGGCUAAAAAUAGCCCAAAGGGAACCCAGUUGAAGCUAAUGCUGCGCCUCACAGGCGGCCAGGUAACCAUCUUCAAGCCCAGAUGGUACGAUAAGGAUGUAGUCUUCUCCGGGCCUGUCUAUUCGGGCAAGGAUCGUCAUACAGCGGAGGUUGUUGCCUUCUACCUGGGAACUAUUCUAAAUUUACGUUGGACCCCCAUUGCCGUUGGACGGAGGAUUAAUUUAAAAGAAAUCUUCCGGAAGGCUGACAGGGAGCUCAAGGAGACCAUGGAGGUUCGCAAUAAAAGCCAAUACUGUGUCUACGGGAAGUGCUUCUAUUGCCGUGAAACGGAAGCUGUAUGCGGGGAGGAGGAUACAAAUGAGCUGGAGGGGGCUCUCUUGCUUCUCAUCCCAGGGCGCAUAGCUAAGCAACGAUCUCCAUGGCAGAGGACUUACCGGGAAAAUGUCCGGGCUCAGUGGGAGGAAGACGAGCACUACUGCGAUGUGGUGAAGGAGAGAAUCUCCGAGACGCGCCUCCUGGACCUAAUUGAUGCGUCAGUGUUUGAUUUCUUGAUCCAGAAUGGCGAUCGGCAUCACUAUGAGACGCACAAUGAGCGUGUCCUGCUGAUGGACAAUGGGAAGGGCUUUGGGAAUCCCAGUGUGGAUUUUAUUGACAUCCUCGCGCCACUGUAUCAGUGCUGCAUCCUCCGCCGAUCCACCUGGCACCGAUUGACUCUCUUCUCCGGCGGAAGUCUCACCGAGACGCUGGAGGAUCUUACAAAGUACGACCUGAUGUACCCAAUUCUGACUGAGGAGCACUUCGAGGCAAUUGAACGGAGGCUCUUGCUUGUAUAUAGCACCGUUGAGAUUUGUCUUCAUAAACAUGGUGAGUCUGUCUUCACGUGACUUCCCCCCCCUUGCGAAUUAAUGCCAAAUUUUAAUUGUUAAAAAAAAAGAGAAACUGUUGAAUCGAUCAAAUAAAGUCAAUAUUUAAUUGAA